AUGGAGUAUGAAGGUGGGGAUGAUGAGAACCAUGAUACUGAGUUCGAUAAUGAUAGUGAGAACCACGAUACCGAGUUCGAAAACUAUGAUGAUGUUGAGAACAAUCAGGAAGUAGACCUCGAGGAUGUAGCCGCUCCAUCUUUGGACCUCUUGACCGAAGUGCACACAGUUAGUACGAAUGAACUGUCUGCAACUGGUCAAGCUUCUUGCUUAAAGUAUGCAUUCAUGGCUCUAGGCUGCUCAAUAAGAAGCUUCAGAAGUUGCAUUCGACUUGUGCUUGUCAUUGACGGUGCACAUCUAAAGGGGAAGUAUAGAGGUGUGAUACUUAUAGUCACUCCUGUCGAUGGGAAUAAUCAGAUAUAUCCACUAGCAUUUGGAAUUGUGGAUAAGGAAAAAGACAACUCAUGGAUUUGGUUUUUGGAGCAUGUCAAGGGUUGUAUUGGGGACAUUAGUGGAUUGAUGAACUUGAACGAUAAGUUCAAUUUUAGGACCGAGGAUGUGAAGAGGCUGUACAUUCAAGCAGCUACGGCGUUUAAGAAGUCUACGUUCAGAUAUUGUUGGAACCAACACGCAGGAUUACCAGAAGUUCAGAAGUAUCUAGAGGACAUCGGAUUCGACAAAUGGACACGUGCAUAUCAACCCGGACUGACGUACAACCAAAUGACGACUAACAUUGCGAAGUCCAUGAAUGUCGUACUUGUUCAUGGACGGGCAUUGCCGGAAGCUGUGGAGCAGGCCCGACGGCAUGGAGUUAACCCUAUCAACAAUUUUGAGUACGAGGUACACAACGGUAGUAGUAAAGUGCGUGUCAAUCUGAACACUAGGACUUGUACGUACAAGCAGUUUGACUACUACCAGAUUCCAUGCUCACAUGCUGUUGCUGUGGUCAUGCAUCGUAAUGUAAAUAUAUACACAUUACGUUUGCCGAAGUAUAAAUUGGAGACGCUUAUUAUUGCCUAUUCCAAGCCAGUAUUUCCCUUGGGUGAUGAGGAGGAUUGA